CUCUCACAGACACGCCGAGGCGCGAACGCGUCGCGACUCUGCUGAUACACCGAUCCAUCUGGACUUGGCUGCCUUCAUCUGAGCUUGUCCACUGCCGUCAUGACCGACCCAGCUGACGCUGCAGCCAACUCGCUCGGCCUCGACUUGGACGCCCUCAAGAUCAAGGACGACCCCGAGUCGUCUGGCUCGCCCGCAGUACCCAAAGACGAAGAGGCUAGAACGGAAGCUUCCGAAAAGACGGAGUUGCCCAAGCCAGAUGAGGGUGCGGGCGAAGAGGCGGAAGAAGAGGAGGCAAAGUCACCGACAUCUGAAGACAAGAGUACGGAGCCCAGAGAGAAAAAGAAACCGUAUGUCAACCCGGAGCGCGUCAAGACUGGAGGUGCACAGCGGGACAAGCUGUCCGAGGAGGAGCUCACUGUGCGCAUGGCGCGCAUCAGGGAGCAGAACGAGAAGAUUAAGCAACGGCGAAUGGAUGUACAAGCGGACGAAGACGCCUUUAAGAAAACUCAGGAAGCUGAACGUAUCAAGGCGGCAAAGACCAAGAAGGUCCAGGAGACUAUCGAUCGUACUCGCGAGCAGAAUGCUCGCCGGAAGUUGGAGAAGGUGAAUUGUCAUCAAUACACCGACUACCGUGGCUCACAAGGGAAUAGAUUCAGAACCGUGAAUGGGAUGCUGGGAAACCGGCCCGUGACUGGAAGUCGCCCAACAAGCCUGAGGACAGCGAUGAAACGGCCAAGGCUCCUCGACCUUCCGUCGGCAUCCGUGGUGCGGUGCGUGGUGGAGGUGCAGGACGUGGGCGCGGAAGAGCACCAUCUACUCCCACAACUGAGAAGACUGAGAAGGCUGAGAAGGCUGUUGAAGAACCGGCGACACCGGCGACUCCUGUAGAAGCACCAGCAGCCGCUGCAUAGCGAACUCUUGAUAUGGCGAAAUGAACGCUGAUUGUAUUGUAUGGCAUGUAUUGCGACGAGAAGUGCGCAAAGUGCGAGGACUGCUGUGUUUACCUGAUGUUUCCCGCAGAUGCUCUGUUCUCCGGAUAUCAUUCGAUGUAUACCAUUAAUGUGCAACGUCAAUAGCGACGGUCGUUCCACCUGUUGAGUAGAGUAUGUCAAAUACCUGUUCAUCCCAUAA